AUGGCGUCAACCUCUAGCUCCGCCACAACUCAGAAGUUUCCGUUGCAACCACCGCCAGAAUCUUCCCUACGCGACCCAUUCGAGCCGGAGAUAAACUCGCCAGCGCGCAACUACUUGGAAGAAAGAGUGUUCAAGAGAAGGCGCAUUGAAGAAGCCCAAGACAAAUCACUCAUCCACGGUUUGGAACUUCAGCACUACUCAGAAAAGUUACUCGAAUCCAACGACCUCUCUCCGCUGCAAGAAGCGAUUGAAGAAUACACAGAAACCAAGAAAGAAACGUUAAUGACAAUUUUCAAAUCAUUCGCACUUCAUUACCCUAAUUCAUUCUCAUUCAAGCUCGCUAAAAUCCUGGAACUCCACCCUCCGCUUCGAACGCGAAUCCAAACCGUUGCUCUUCUCCUUGAAGUUCUUCCCGAAGGGGCUAACAGUUCAAUGCAUUACUCUAUCCUGAUUCAACUCAAGAACCCUCUUUUUCAUUCACUCGAGGUAGAAUCUGAAGAAAUUGUGUUUCCUAUGCUAUGCGAAAUGAUUGGCAUCUUCGCUGACAGGUUGCAUCAAUUUACUCUCAGCAGUUGGGAGGAGCUUCUCCAGUACGCUUGCGAUUGCAUUUCUGGAGACACGGAAUCGAAUAAUAAGAAAGGGCUUAUGUUGUUAACGAAGGUUUCAGCGAAUGUUUUUCUAAAUAGAGAGUUUUGGUUGAAUCAAGGGAGGUUUGAUCUCGUCUUCUCAAACAUCUUGACAUUGGUUUACUCGGAGGAUCGGGAAUUGAAGACAUUGGCUUACAAUGCAGCGACGUCGUUGAUGAUAUUGUCGAAGGGUCUUCAGAGAACAGAAAUAUGUGACGUUCUCUUGCCAAUUUUGUUGAAUAUCAUUGAUCAACAUGGAGAAGAAGAGAUUGUCGAGGAUAGGGUUAAACGUUUGGGGGAUUUAGUAACGCUGGUAGAUAAUUAUAUUUUUAGGGGGAAACAUCGUGAAGUGUUUUGGUGCAUGCUUCGAGUAGCUGAGAUAGAAAAUGUGAGCGAAGAACUGGUGUUUGCUGCAGUUAAUGUUAUCAAGGAGCUUGAUAAGAAUGAUGGGAAAGUGAUGGUAAGUGUGAUCAGGAAUCUUUCUCAUGAGGAAGUGAAGAGGGUGCUUGCGAUUGCUUUAAACUUUUUGUCGUGUGUUGAUGAUGAUCCUCUUUGGUAUGAUGUUGACAAUAAGGAUUGUGAUGAUGCUGGGUUGACAGAUCCUUUCUACCAUGGAAUUUUCUUGUUCGAUUCACUCUCUUUAGAUGGGGAAGAAGGUGUGUUUGUUCCCACAGCAAUGGAGUUGAUAACAACGCAAUAUGCAUCUCAUUUUGAGUGGCGUCAUCGUCAUGCAGCAAUGCUUGCCAUUGGUUGGAUCAUAGAGAGAAACAUCAAUGGGGACAUGGUGCAGUACUUUGACCAAAUUGUGAGACUGGUCUUUAAGUCAUUGGAUGAUCCGGACUCCCGAGUACUUUGGGCUACUAUGCAUGCAAUUAAUAGUUUGACUGAAUAUAAGGAGCUAUUAAUGAAUGGCCGAAAUCACAAGAAGUUAUCUGCUAAACUAGUUCCCUUCAUUAGAUGUUACUAUUGUGCCCGUGUACAGAGAUAUGCUGUAAUUGCCGUUCGAUCCUUGGUAGAAAAAUGUGGCUUAGAUGAAAUGUCACCUUUUGGGGAACCGAUUGUAGCAUCAUUACAUGCAUUUCUUAAUCAUGAAGAUCCAAAGUUACAGGAGGAAGCUAUUGAUACCCUGAGAUUGUUUGCAGUUUUAACGCCGAGAACUUUUCGCCAAAAUUAUUACGAUACAACAAUGGAAGGACUGAAAGUCACUGUGUUUAAUAAGUAUGGUUUAUCUAGACUGUUGGUCUUUGCCAAAUCUAUAGAAUGCAUGGUAUAUCUUGUUAGGAAAGUCGGGCCAGAUAAUUUCAAUGAGCGAGAAGCUAUUCAGGUCAUGGAAUCUAUAAUAUUACUUGAAGGAAAAUUGAGCAAUACUGAACACAUGACAAAAUAUAUCAUCUUAAAGGCUCUAGAUCAAAUUUGUCGAUGCCCAAGAGUGAAUAUUGACAAAUUUAUUGAUAAAAUUAUGCCAAUGUUGCUUGGAUCUGCUCAACUCUGUCUUGACUUAACUGUCGAAAAACUCAAGGAUGGUCGUGAGAAGCGUUUGGUUGAAAACACAAUGGUUCUGGUUUGUAAUACUUUGUCAUAUUGUGCUGUUCGGUCAUAUAUAAACUUUUCCCCCCACAUUAGCAAGGUCGCUAUAUUAUUUGCGAGCUUGGCUGAUUGUUCUAAAUUUCAAGUUCGCAAGACUUCUGUUUUAGGUCUUCCAAACCUGUUACUCUCACUUAAAGUUGGAGACACAGAUAGUUACACUAAAAGUGAUCUGACUUUCUUCAUUGUGCGAUCUCUGAUUGAAAUGUUGAAGAAGGAAACUGAUAGGGUUUUUACUACAAUAAUAUUGAAGUCACUAGCCAAAUGCAUUCCGCCUUCUAGUUCAUUUUUCGAUGAUUCAUUGAUCAAGAUUAUUGCUGACGAGAUAAAAGAUGCUGUACGAAAGAUUAUUAAAGUUGGAAUAAUGAAAGAACAAGGAGUGGGAACUUUGGGAGGUAGAUGUGAAUCUUUACCAACAGAAGAUACACUUCAGGACAUAGUUCACUUAAUAGCAACAACUGUUGAAACAUUUAAAGACCGAUUCAUGCUACAUGUUGAUGACCUCAUGACAAUUGUUGUCGUGCUUUUGGCAGAUGACAAUCCAGAUAGACUGAUAGCUUUUGCAAUUUCCAUUUUUAACGUUAUCUUUCCACUUUUCCCAGACAAAUUGCCUCUGUAUCAUGACAGAUAUAAUUCAGCCUCCAGUUUUGCUUUAAGGAAAAACUAUCCUUGUUCCAAGCUGCAUGCUAUACUGGCGAUUGGUAUUUGUGCUAUGUUUGGAGGAGAUCAAUUUAAAGACUUUGUUGGUGCCAGUAUCUAUAACCUAUAUGUUGAAAUGACGAAAAGUCUUCCAAUUAGUAAACCAAAUGAAGAUGGAGAUGUAACAAAGUUAUGUGAUACCGCAGUUGCAGCACUUGGAAAAAUCUGUGAAUUUCAUGGUGACAGUAUAGACCCUAAGGUGGUUCAAAGAUGGUUAAGCUUCUUGCCAUUAAAGCAUGAUUCCAAUGAAGCUAGAUAUACACAUGGACUGCUUUCUAAAUUGAUAGAAAGGUCUGAUAAAUACCUAUUUGGAACUAACAAUGAGAAUCUUCCCGAGAUUAUUUCGAUAGUAAAAGAAAUUUUAUCUGGACCUGACCGUUUGGGAACCGAAGAAGCUAUCAAUUUGAUGAUUGACUUCAUAGAACAACAUGGCGGAAUGACAAUUGAAAUAUGA